UCUAUAUUUGAUAGUAGAACAGAGGAAUCAUCCGCUGUGCAAUACUUUCAAUUUUAUGGAUAUUUAGCCCAGCAACAAAACAUGAUGCAAGAUUAUAUCAGAACAUCAACUUAUCAACGCGCGAUAUUGCAAAACUCAAUUGAUUUUCAAAAUAAGGUUGUGCUAGAUGUUGGUGCUGGCUCUGGUAUUUUAUCGUUUUUUGCCGUACAGGCUGGCGCUCGUAAAGUUUAUGCUGUGGAAGCUAGUUCCAUUGCAAUUCAUGCGGAGAAUUUGAUCCAUUCCAAUCAACUGUCACCGAAAAUACAAAUAGUAAAGGGCAGAAUAGAAGAGAUUGAAAUUCCGGAGCCAAUAGAUAUGAUCAUUUCAGAGCCAAUGGGUUACAUGCUUUUUAACGAAAGAAUGUUGGAAACUUUUUUACACGCUAAGAAAUGGUUAAAAUCUGACGGUCUUAUCUUUCCAACAAUUGCGAACCUUUAUUUCGCACCAUUCAGCGAUGAAUCUUUGUACAUAGAGCAGUCUUGUAAAGCCAAUUUCUGGCAUCAGAGAGCAUUUUAUGGAAUAGAUUUAACAAGCCUACAACAAACAGCGCUAUCAGAGAUUUUCAGACAACCUAUUGUUGAUACCUUUGAUGUUCGUCUGCUGCUAUCAAGGCCGUCAUGUUAUACAACCGAUUUUCGAACAACUGAUGAAACUGAUUUACAUAACAUCCAUAUCCCUUACAGUAUAAGUAUUGUAACAACUGGAAUUAUGCAUGGACUAGCAUUCUGGUUCGAUGUUGAGUUCGCUGGCUCUGCAACAUCUAUUUGGUUGUCCACUGCGCCGCAUGAACCUCUUACUCAUUGGUACCAGGUCCGUUGUCUUUUUCGGUCACCUUUAUUUGUUAGAGCAGGAGACGUUAUAACCGGGCAUAUAAGUAUGGUUGCAAACACAAGGCAAAGCUAUGACGUAGAAAUCAUGACUGUAUUGCAAAGUACAGGCGUUAAAACAGUAGCGGAAGUUGACCUCAAGAAUCCAUACUUUAGGUAUUCUCUAGGUCAGCCCUAUGUACCACCUGGAAGUAAUAAAACUUCACCUACAGAGUCUUACUGGUCU